CUUUGCCUGCACGUCCGCGGCGGGGACGAAACCGAAGCGAAACAUUUGCAGUUUAGCACCUGUAAAAAAGCCUCGUGUCACGGAGAGGCCCUUCGCGUCGCCGCUCGCGUCGGGAUCCAGCGGCGGCGGCGGCGUGUGAGCCGCCGCGGCCAUGGAGACGGCGACGAUGGCCACGGCGGUGGGCGCAGCCAUGGUGCUCUACUUCGUGCUGACCCGGCGGCUGGCCAACGAGGACGUCUCCUUUGGCGGCGGCAGGGGGAAGCGGCGGAGGGGGCGCGCGGCGCGGCGGCCGGCGCAGCCGCCAGCGACGUGGAUCGAGGCGGUGGUCACGCUCGCCGGGACGCUCCGGUUCACCUACUCGGAGACGCUCGGGAAGUGGCCCAUCGGGGACCUCGCCUUCGGGAUUAAGUACCUCAUGCGCCGCCAGGGAAAUUUACAUGUUGCCAGUGUAUAUGCUGGAAGUAAUUGCAUUGAACUGAGCGGACCUGAAAUCAUGGAAGAGCUGAUUGUUUUGCGACGAUUAAUCGACUUGUGCUUUCUUUUCUCUAAGAAACCAUUCCCAGUGUUCCGGGAAUUAGCUGGGUUUUCACAAGAGGAUGUUUUUAUUGAGGAACCAAAGGCCGGGAUUUUAAAGCCUGCUCAUACAAUUCUACGUGAUGAGUGCACCAAAUCCUUUCUCGUUUUGAUUCGAGGGACUCAUAGCAUGAAAGACACCUUGACCGCUGCUACUGGGGCUGUGGUACCAUUCCACCACUCACUUUUAGAUGAAGGUGGUGUCAGCAAAUUAGUGUUAGGUUAUGCACACUGUGGGAUGGUUGCAGCAGCCAGGUGGAUUGCGAGAGGCAUAAUACCAUGCCUCCAUCAAGCAAUCAGUCAAUACCCAGACUACCAAAUUAAGAUUGUUGGGCACUCGUUGGGUGGCGGUACUGCUGCAUUACUGACCUAUAUCCUGAGAGAACACAAAGAGUUCUCUUCAACAACUUGUGUUGCAUUCGCACCAGCUUCAUGCAUGACAUGGGAGUUAGCAGAAUCAGGCAAGCACUUUGUGACCACGAUUAUCAAUGGAGCUGAUUUGGUUCCCACAGUAUCAACUGCAUCUAUUGAUGAUCUCCGUUCUGAGGUAACAGCAUCUUCAUGGUUGAAUGAUUUGAGAGAUCAAAUACAACAAACACGUUUCCUAAAUGUUGUUUACCGGUCAGCCACUGCUUUAGGAACUCGCCUGCAAUCUUUCUCUGGUGCUAGAGAGAGGGUUGCAGGUGCUGGAGCAUUUCUACGUCCUGUUUCAAGCAAAACCCAGGUUGUGAUGAAACAAGCACAGAACGUUGCACAGGCUGUUGCUAGAAGUAGGUCAGCAUUUUCUUCAUGGUCAUGCAUGGGUGCACGUCGUCGAGGUGUAGGCGUAAUAGCUGCAAGUCCGAAGGAUGGUACGACAACAGAAAUCCAUGUAACAUCUACAGUGGAGUCAGAGUCCUUCGUUAUAGAACAACAUGGCACCAAGCCCGUGGAGGAGCUGCAGUAUACUGCAGCAAGUGUUUCGGUUCAUGAGGAAGCAGAUGAAGAGGAUGCUCUUUUGAGUGAGCAUGAAUCCCCUCGGGAGCAUGCGGAGGAAGAAAUAACCGAGGGUGAGUUGUGGUUUGAGUUCGAGAAGGACUUGGAUUGUCAUGCUGAAGUGGAGGCACGGACUCGACAGGAAGAGGCAGCUGCAGCCAAGGAAAUAAUGGAGGAGGAAAGUGCUGUCCUAAAAAAUGUAGAGGAUAGGCAGUCCUUUUCAUCAGAUAGUUUGGAGAGGCAGCAAUUCUACCCACCUGGUAAAAUCAUGCACAUGGUUGCCAUGCCUCCUACGGAUGUUGAUCCGGAUGAUCCAGUUGCUACUGAUGAGUGCUCUGUUGGAAUAUACGAGACCCCUAGAGAUCUUUACAGCAAGAUCCGACUAUCAAAUACCAUGAUCAAUGAUCAUUACAUGCCAAUGUACAAGAAAAUGAUGGAAAUAUUGAUUGAGAAGUUUGCAAAGGAUGAGGACAAUAUUUGUACAGACUCUACUGUAGAAUAAUAUGGAUAACUUAUACAUCAAAAUGUACAACAGUUUCCUUCCUGAUUAACUCGCAUUAACCAUUAUAUGAUUGCAAUGUACAAACGAUAUGCUGUGCUGACCUGUUCAAGUAGAUUUUAGUUAGGGUUCUGUAAUUGUGAUGUGAAAAUGUAAAAGAAACAAAAAGGAGCUGGCCAAUGUGUUAUUCAAGAUGACUUCUCAGUUCUCACUU